AGGGUCCCAGAGAGGGGCGGUUUAGGCUCGCACGCCUUGGCCGGUGCAUGGGGUGGUCUCGGCCGGGAUGGCCGCCGGGGCCGGCUGGGCGCCCCCUCAGCUGGAAGACUUCAUCCUGACCGAGAGGCUGGGCAGUGGCACCUACGCCACUGUCUUCAAAGCCUACAGGAAGAAGAACAUCCGGGAGGUGGUGGCCAUCAAGUGCGUGAGCAAGAAGAGCCUGAACAAGGCGUCUGUGGAAAACCUGUUGACAGAGAUCGAGAUCCUCAAAACCAUCCGCCACCCGCACAUCGUGGAGCUGAAAGACUUCCAGUGGAACAAGGACUACAUCUACCUGAUCAUGGAAUUUUGUGCCGGAGGUGACCUGUCUCGCUUCAUCCACACGCGGAGGAUACUCCCGGAGAAGGUGGCUUGCAUAUUCUUGCAGCAACUGGCUUGUGCCUUGAAGUUCCUCCAUGACAAGAACAUCUCCCACUUGGAUUUGAAGCCUCAGAACAUCCUGCUAAGCUCUUUGGACAAACCUCAUCUCAAGCUGGCAGAUUUCGGCUUUGCUCAGCACAUGUCUCCAAGGGAUGAGAAGCACGUGCUCCGGGGGUCACCGCUUUACAUGGCUCCAGAGAUGGUGUGCAGCCGGCAGUACGACGCCCGGGUGGACUUGUGGUCCGUGGGGGUGAUUCUCUACGAAACCCUGUUUGGGCGGCCGCCGUUUGCCUCCAAGUCGUUCACUGAGCUAGAGGAGAAGAUUCGCAGCAAUCAGCCCAUCGAGCUGCCCAGUCGCCCCCGGCUCUCCCCGGAAUGCCGAGACCUCCUGCAGCGCCUCCUGAAGAGGGACCCCCAUCAGCGCAUCUCCUUCAAGGACUUCUUCGCUCACGCUUUCGUGGACCUGGAGCACAUGCCUGGCGCGGAGAGCCUGAGCAAAGCAACCUCUCUCGUAACAGAAGCUGUGAAGAAGGACCAGGAAGGAGAGGCCGCAGCCGCCCUCUCUCUGUAUUCCAAGGCUCUGGAAUACUUUGUCCCCGCCUUGCGGUAUGAGAUUGACGCCUCCAGGAAGGAAGUACUCAGGUCCAAGGUAAACCAAUACGUCUCGCGGGCGGAACAGCUCAAGGUGCUGGUUACCUCGAACAACAAAACCCUCUUGCAGCAGGGCUGUCCUGCCAGGGACAUCUUGAAAGAGAUGUCCAAGGACAAGCCUCGCCUUUACGCCGCUCUGGAGGUGGCGUCUGCUGCAGUUGCGAAGGAGGAGGAGGGUAAAGAUGACUGCGAAACUCUUGAUCUGUACCAGCAGGGCCUGGGUGAAUUGCUGCUAAUGUUAGCUGCUGAGCCUGCCGGAAGGAGACGGGAGCUGCUACAUGCAGAGAUCCAGACACUGAUGGGCCGAGCUGAAUAUCUGAAAGAACAGAUCAAGAUGAAGGAAUCGCAAUGGGAAGCUGCGUCUCUUGGCAAGGAGGGCAUGUCGGAUUCCGUCAGGAGCUCAUGUUCUUUGCAGUGACCCGUAUGCCUGGAUGGUGCCCGGUGGAUCCAGCGCCUCUAACCCCAGGGAGCAACGGACAACCCUCCAACCCUGCCUAGACCCGGUUUACGCAGCAGAGGUUUUUUCGGCCAUUGGUAUGGAAUGCCGUUUGCUCCCUAAAUACACACACAGUCGGAGCAAACGGCAUUUAUAAGCGGGAGGCUGUAUAAAGUGCUGUUGUUUGUACAGUGAAAUUUAUUUCUACCCUGCCUGUUGUAAAAUUUCGUUUUAUUGGCCAACGUUAAGCAACCGUAGAAGAUUUAAAAAGCAUUUAAUAUAUAGGAUUCAAGCUCAGGGCAGGUACAAAACCUUCCGGGUGAUGUACAGUAUAAAAUUGAAGUAGGGACUUUAAAGAGUUUGAUCGUGCCAAGAGGGUCUUUGGUACAAUAUCAAUUUUAGGGACUCUGAUGCGAAGCGAAGGGAGGGGUUUGAACGGAAUUCCUCAUUGUCUUUGUCUAGAACAGCCUUCCUCAACCUGGGGCGCUCCAGAUGUGUUGGACUACAACUCCCAGAAUGCCCCAGCCAGCUGGCUGGGGCAUUCUGGGAGAUGCAGUCCAACACAUCUGGAGCGCCCCAGGUUGAGGAAGGCUGGUCUAGAAGCUGCUUACCAAUUUAUUCUGGUGUGGGAAGUGUGCUUAUUGCAUAAAGCUGAUGGGGGAAGAGAUGGGGGGGAAACCAUGCUGCCCUGUCCGGCCAUUGCUAUCCUAAAAGACGGAAGUAGUUAAUUCUGCUUUGAAGAAAUAAAGGGUAGGUGGGCUGCGUGGAGUCACGUCAUCAGCGGUGCUUAUCGCUGCCCGAUGCAAACGUUUCUCUGAGGAGCGAGCUUGCCGAUUUGAAGCCCACACAGAUGCGAGCCUGUUUGUCCUCUCUUGGCUGCUCCUGGCACAUCCGUUUCCUUCCUGCCCUGCACCCCACGAAGCAAGCCGGAGCGAACGCAGAGCCAUCUGGCUCGUCUCUUCCCAGGGCGAUUGCAGGAUGUUAUUAAUAGAUCUCUCUGUAUAAUCCUUGCCAAGACCCUGUUUGCCUUGCCACGGACGGGAGAGAGACCCCCACGGGCGCAGCUUGGGUUGGAGGUUUUUUAAUGCGCCUUCUUUCACUCCCCUCUGCUGCCACCUUGUUAAAGACGAGGAUGGAUCUUUUUCUUAACAUCUGGCUCACAGCGCCGUCCAAGACCUAACGGUGUUGAACAAGGCCUGCUUGGCUCCCAGCCCUCUAGACAUCAUUCUUAAUUGAGCCCAUGAUUAAAAACAGAAGCACCUUUUUAAUUAACACGCCUCUGUGCUCCAUCCGAAGACUGACUCCCAAAUUUGAAGGAGCCCUCAAAUUGGCUCCUUCCUACUCAUUGCCCUGACCGAGGUUAAGUACAGGGCCACGACCUGCAGCGAGUUCACCCAUCUUUUCAUUUUUGUCUGCUGCGAGCAUCAGCCUAGUUCUUUGCACAGACCUGAAGGAAGGAAUUUGUUUUAUGUCAGGCCAGAGCUGUAAUUAGUCCCAUCGUGGCCUUUCAUACGUUUGCGUUCCGCUUUUCAUUUUUGUUGAAAAGCUAUGUACUCUGGACACUCCCAGAGAAUAUCCAGGUCGAAACGAUAAUUUGGCCCAAUUAGAAAGAGCUGGCCAAUGGUGAACAUGGAAUACUGUCGUCGUUACACAGGGUGGCAUGACCCAAAGGGAGGCGUGGGUUCUGCGAUACUUUUGCUGGAUGAUUUGGCCAAUGGCCCCGUUCAGACAACACGCUAAACCAUGCUGCUUAACCACAAAAUGGUUCAUGGAAUGCAUCAACCUUAAUGUAUUCCAUUAACCAUUUUGUGGUUAUGCAGCAUGGUUUAGCGUGUUGCCUGAACGGGGCCUGUGUGCGUUAAAUUUACCAGACAAAAUUGCCCCACGCUCAACAUCUCUUGAACAGUCAAAGCAUAAGUAAUUUGGGCCAAGUAAGCCUGGAUAUGUACUCUUGCUUAAGAAUCUACAAAGUGUCUUGCUAGAGCAGAUCAUGUACAGUAUUGAUAGACCAACAUUAUAUCAAACCAUGGUUCCGAGUUUGGAUGUCCCAGGGAACUGUGAUUAGUUUAAAAGACAAAAAUGGCACAACCUAAAGCCAGCAUACAAUCCAUUGUAGCAGGCCAAUGUUUUUGUGAGGGUUCUCAGUCCAACCCACCCAUUCAGGCUCUCCCUUCUUUCUUGAGUUGAUAGUGGAAUAUACGGCAAGUAAUAUUUGUCCCCCAAGAUCAAGAUAGGCUUGUGACCUUCCUGUAGUCAGAAUUUCCCAAAGGGAAGCUGGGAUAGUCCCUUGUAGCAAAAACAACGGACAGUCUUGUGGCACCUUAAAGACUUUACACAUUUAAUCCGGGAUAAGGCUUCGUGGCCUCUGGUCCAGGUUGCCAGAUGCAGAGUAUUGUGGAGAGUUUCAGAUAUGGUGUGUGUGUGUGUGUGUGUCUACAGUGCAUAAGGAUGUGCAUCACCAACAUACAUACUGCAUAAACAACCUGAAACACUCCAUGAUGCUGCACACAUCUGACGAAGUGGACAGUGGUCCAUGAAAGCUUAUGCCGAAAUAAAUGUGCUGGUCUUUAAGGUGCCGCAAGAAUCUUAGGCCAUUUCUACACCUGCCUUUUCCCCCUGGAUCAUUCCUGCGCAUCCAAAUGCCACACAGGGAAUCCCGGGAGCAGGCAGGGACGAUCCCUCCAUUUUCCUGCGAUAACCUUUGGGUGUAGAAGGGCCUUAGUUGUUUGGGCUACAGCCAUAGUAAUACAUUGGUCCAUGGCUCACAAUUGAGUGCACCAGCCACGCAAACAGGUGGGAAAUCCUGGCCAAAUCUGCAUAGCCGUGGGCUUUCGCAUUGCGUGCAGGAUUCAGGCGCAGCGUAGGAAACCCAGACAGAAACGGCUACCGAAAGAGCCCCGGAUUCCGCUUGAGAGGCCUAGCUGACGCGCGACAUUCGACAGCUGAGCAAGCCUUAAAGGCGCCAAGUGAUGGCUGGGUCGCUGGACGAGUCACCUGGCUUUUUCACCGCAGCUGCUCUUCUGCGUCCGCAAAGCGUUCGCCUACUCAGCCUCACCUAUGACUGCUCCAGCUCUAGAAACGUCCUCUAUUUUGCAGAACAUUUCUUGGCUUUUGUAUUUCUGAAUAUACAUGAAUUGGUGGGUGUAUCCUGGCUACUUAUUUUAGGAGUCCUUUGGAAGGUUGUUGGAAGAUGGCAGCGAUUUCUCUUUGUUGAAUUAUUCCCAACGUGCUUGGCGAAGUCUUAUUCCCAACGUGCUUGGCGAAGUCUCAUUUUUCUGAUUCAUAGCAACCGUGGGUUCUGUCCAGUGCUAGGCUAGUGUGGUGUAGCGGCUAGAGUGUUGGACUGGGAGUCAAGAGUUCCGGGUUCUAGUCCCCACUCGGCCAUGAAAAUCACUAGGUGACUUGGGGUCAGUCACAGACUCUCAGCCUAACCUACAGGGUUUCUGUGAGGAUAAAAUGGAGGGGAGGUUAAUCAUGUAAGCCGCCUUGGGUUCCUUGGAGGAGGAAAGGCGGGAUUGAAUACUAAAUAAAAAUACUUAAGAGUCCAA